CCGGCGACGUGCAAAGGUCCUAGUUUCACGCCGACGCUCGCGCCGAUCGGUUCACAACUCGCGCAUUUCGUGUGGUUUAAAACUCGUGAAAAUCAACCACCACGAUUAACCUCAUCAAACACAAUCAACAACAAACUCUUACAGUAAAAUAUUGAACUACUUCCGCAUAAUAUCCUAUUGUGCGAUGAGAAUGUUUCGUUUUAACCUGCGUUAGCAGCGAGAGAAAAAAAAAACACGGAAAAACAGAAAUCGUGCGCGGUCGCGUUCAAGGACAACGCCAAAAAUUGAUUUAAUAUUAGAUAACGGCAAUGUAAGGCAAAUAUAGGCCAAGCGAAACGUUCACCGGACUAACCUCUAAUAAUAAUAACAAUAUGUGUACUUAUCAUAGACAAAUACAUCAUGUGCAAAAUAACAAGUAACCACGUGAUUCAUUAAUGUCUGAUGUUUGACAUUGGACCAACUUCACUGACCAACUAAUACGGACAUUUCAAUCGCCGGAUUGACAGCAAACUUGAAUUUUUAAAGAUCAAAGCAAAUCCGUGCGGAAAACAUACACGUACACAGAUAUAUUAAAGUCGGGAGAUCAAAGUGCGCGUGGAUCAACUCCGGGGAACAAAAGACAAACGCCACACGAGCCGCAAAAUCAUCUCUUGUGGAGUAAAAUUGAAAGAAAAUGUAAAACGUCACCAUGUGGGUUCAGACAGAUUGAAAACACGGCUUCCUAUUUCAUAUUCUUUAUUCUUCACUACACUAAAACCUUGAAUAAAGAUCAUCUAUGACAGCGUCAGAUCAACGUAACGGUGAAUCGUCCUGUCGGAAACGACGCACACACGCAAUGGGCAUGCGUUUGAUAACUCGCCUCCUGCUGCUGGUGUGUCUGGUGAGCCUGCUAAGUCUGCUGUUUUUAUCGCGUUGUGGGCUCACAACACUGGAAACACCAGACAAUGAAGAACAACCAGAAACACAAGCGUUACUAUCAGGCUCCACAAGUGACGAUAUCAAUCAGCAAGAUAGUCAACAAAGUUAUCAACAAUUACUGCAACAAAGAGAAGAAGAAAAUCGCCUGGAAGUUGAACGUCUCACGUCUGAAAUACGAUCAUUAAAACAUCAACUUUUACAGUUAACUGCAAACAGUGGCAGUAAUAGUGCACAGAUCCAACAGCAGAAUCAACAGCCCGAAACGCAAACAUUCGCUAUCAAUCUAAACCUAUCUUCGCCAACUUUACCCUCAACUUUGACAAACAACGAAUGCGCUCAAUACAUCCGCAGACAAGUUCUCCAAUCCGAAACGUUACGUGGUUUACCCCUAAAUAACGAAUAUGAAUUGAUUCCCUUCAAUCAUUUCACCUACUCACGGGUAUACCCGAUAGAUUUAGGUCUUGGUAAACGUGUCGUAGAAAAACCAAUAGGGUUCAAGCGUAAAGACCUCCUGGAAGCUUUGAACAAAGCCCUGGAUACCCUCAAUAAAAAUCAAACACUUCCGGGACCUACUUCCGGGAAAGAUCCAAAAAAUUUCGGGAAUAAAUACGUCCUAGAUGAUUUUCUAGAGGGUCUCUACCGGAAUGAACCCACAACUGGCACCCAAUAUGAAUUAUACUUCCGGAACAAGAACAAAGCCACAGACCACCAUCACCUCAACGGGUUUGUAAAGGUAGUGGUGGUACGUCCGUUUGCACCUCUACAAACCAUCAGUACUUCCUCCUUAGCAGGACCCAAGGAAAAGGAGUUGAUUCAUAUAAUCCUACCACUUUCGGGACGAACGGCAACCUUUCAGAGCUUCAUGGAUAAAUUCGUGAAAAUAGGUUUGAAGAAUGACAGACGUGUUCAUCUGACAGUGGUCUACUUUGGUGAGGAGGGUCUAUCGGAAGCAAGGAAUAUAAUGUCGCGGGUGUUAAUGACCAAGAACAGUGGUGGUAACGCGCAGAAUCUACGCUUGUUAGCGUUGAAUGAAACAUUCAGUCGUGGUAAAGGUCUGCGUGUGGGUGCGGAACGCGCGUGGAGUGAGUUCACCACAUCGGGUACCCUCGCAGUGGAACCGCAUGAUAAAAAGGACGUACUGUUGUUCAUGUGCGAUGUUGAUGUAGUGUUUAGUGCGCGAUUCCUCGACAGAUGUCGCUGGAAUACUCAACCUGGUAAAAAAGUCUACUACCCGGUUGUCUUCAGUUUGUACAACCCAAAUGUGGUGUACACCUUACAAGGACGUGAGGUACCUUCAGAAACUGACCAGCUGGUCAUCUCGCGAGACACUGGUUUCUGGCGUGAUUUUGGUUAUGGUAUGACGUGUCAGUAUCGUUCGGACUUUCUGAAAGUGCGUGGAUUUGAUGAGGACAUUGUGGGUUGGGGCGGGGAGGAUGUUAUGCUCUAUAGGAAAUAUGUCCGGAGUCAAAUGAAGGUCAUAAGGGCGACGGAUCCAGGGAUCUUCCACAUAUGGCAUCCUAAGGUCUGCUCUGGAGGACCCGGAGGACAAAAAUUAUCAGCAGAUCAAUAUAGGGCCUGUAUACGGUCACGUGCCCUGAAUGAAGCAUCGCAUGCCCAACUCGGUUUCCUCGCAUUUCGCGAUGAUAUCGCCGCGAAUAGCCCAUCGACGAAAUACCAACCGAUGCCGAACAAGCGAACAAUGGCCGACGAAAAGACAAAGAGCAAGAGCAAGUCGACCUGAUGAACGCCGCGCCUGAUGAAUAAUCAAUUCGUAGAUGAAUUUUAAUCACAUCACAUCGUAAAAUAUUGAUUUUGACAACUCGAAUAAACUGACAAUCCAACAUCUUAUUCAUUAUGCUAAUAAACAUCAAUUUUGUAGGUUAUUACACUACGAAUAAUACUACCGACGUUUUCACUGUUCAAGUAGACAUUAAUUAAGAUAUUGAUUUCAUUGGAUGUCCUUGAUAUGUGCUUGACAACAAUAACUGAACAUCGAAUAGCUUUUUUUGUUUUUUUCAUAGUGUAAAUACGGUACAUUACGAAAUUAUGAUAUGAAGUAUACAUAUGAUUAGCUAGGCUUGUUAUAUACAAUGUGUCCCUACUUGAAAACAACCGAAAAUAAUUAUUUGAGCUUUAAUGUUGUAGGUUUUAGUUUGUUGCGUUUGUUGUUAUCAUAGACUAUAUCAAACUUGAUUAUUAUUAUUCUUAUUAUGGUAUGAAAUACAAUAAAAUGAAAAUUUUAUAUA